CAACGGAGAACGGGAACAAAACAGGAAAACGUCGAAGAAAUGGAGAAGAUCCAGCACUCCACGGUUCGCACCAACGGCAUAAACAUGCACGUGGCGUCAGUCGGCAACGGCCCCGACACGGUCCUCUUCAUCCACGGCUUCCCGGAGCUCUGGUACUCGUGGCGCCACCAGAUGGUGUCCCUCGCGGCCCUUGGCUACCACGCCGUCGCGCCCGACCUCCGGGGCUACGGAGGCACCGACGCACCGCCGUCCGCGGCGUCGUACACUGCGUUCCACGUGGUGGGGGACCUGGUGGGCAUGCUGGACGCGCUGGGGAUCGGGCGGGCGUUCGUGGUGGGACACGACUGGGGGGCGGUGAUAGCGUGGUACCUGUGCCUGCUGAGGCCCGACCGGGUGAAGGCGUUGGUCAACACGAGCGUCCCGUGGUGCCCCGGCGGCACCUGGUUCCCAUGUGAUCCGGAGAAGAAGCCCGUCGAGUCGAUAAGGGCGAUGCACGGAGAUGAUUACUACGUUUGCAGGUUUCAGGAACCUGGAGAGAUGGAAGAGGACUUUGCGAAAGCUGAUACUGCGAAACUCAUUCAGCUAACCCUCACAAGCCGGGAUUUAGGCCCACCUAUCGUGCCUAAAGAUUUAGGAUUCUCAGGAAUGACUAAGCUAUUUGAACAGCACCAGAUCGAGUUGCCCUCUUGGCUGACCGAGGAUGACGUCAGCUACUACGCCACCGAAUUCAGCCGCACCGGCUUCACCGGGGGUUUGAACUAUUACCGUUGCUUGGACUUAAACUGGGAGCUAUUGGCGCCGUGGGCCGGAGCGCAAGUCGAAGUGCCAGUGAAGUUCAUAGUGGGGGAUCAGGACCUCGCCUAUCACAUACCUGGUGUGAAGGAGUACAUCCACGGCGGUGGAUUCAAGCAGGCUGUGCCCAAGUUGGAAGAAGUGGUGGUGAUGGAAGGAGCGGCUCAUUUCAUCCAGCAAGAGAAGCUCACACGGAGAAGGACGCAAGAGCACCACCAGAACUUCCGAGGAAUGGAGAAGAUAGAGCACGCGACAGUUCGCACCAACGGCAUCAACAUGCACGUCGCGUCGGUCGGCGACGGCCCCGGAGUCCUCUUCCUCCACGGCUUCCCCGACCUCUGGUACACCUGGCGCCACCAGAUGCUGUCCCUCGCCUCCCUCGGCUACCGGGCCAUCGCCCCCGACCUCCGCGGCUACGGCGACACCGACGCGCCCCCCUCCGCGGCGUCGUACACGGUGUUCCACAUCGUCGGCGACCUGUUGGGGCUCCUCGACGCGCUCGGCGUGGAGCGCGUGUUCCUGGUGGGGCACGAUUGGGGGGCCGUCAUGGCGUGGUACUUUUGCCUGCUCAGGCCCGAUAGGGUUAAGGCGCUGGUGAACACCAGCGUCGUGUUUCAACCGAGGAAUCCGGACAGGAAGCCUCUCGAUUCCUUGAGGGCGUUGUUUGGCGAUGAUUACUACAUCUGUCGUUUUCAGGAACCUGGAGAAGCUGAAGAAGACUUUGCGCGAGCUGAUAUCGCAAAACUUAUGAAGCUGUUUCUCACAAGCCGGAAUCCAAAACCGCCUUGUGUUCCAAAAGAAAUAGGAUUUUCAGGUUUGGCCAGCUCUCGAGAUAAAUUGCCCUCUUGGUUGUCAGAGGAAGACAUCAAUUAUUAUGCCAGCAAAUUCAGUCAGAAAGGCUUCACAGGAGGAUUGAACUAUUACCGGGCGAUGAACUUAACCUGGGAGCUGGCUGCGCCAUGGACUGGAGUACAGAUUAAAGUGCCAGUUAAAUUUAUUGUUGGGGACCUCGACACCACCUAUAAUAUACCCGGUGUUAAAGAGUACAUUCACAAUGGGGGGCUCAAGAAACUUGUGCCAUUCUUGCAAGAAGUAGUCGUGAUGGAAGGAGUGGCUCACUUUCUCCAGCAAGCAAAGCCAGAGGAAGUUACUAAUCACAUUUAUGAUUUCAUCAAGAAAUUUUGAGUUUUUACACCUUCGAAAGCUUCCUUUGAGGAAGGAGAGGUGAAUACUUCUAUCUCAGUCUCCACAAAAUAACUAGAACGUUUGCUGAGGAUGGGCUUGUGGUGCUUCAGAUGUUGCUUAUUUAAGCUACUGGUUGAGAGUUUGUAUAUGUUUUUCUCACUUGUAUUAUGUCGUUCUUGUUACCAGGAUAAGAGAAGUGGAGCAAUAGUCUCUGCACUUUGU